AUGCACACAAUGUACUAAGCAUUUUCCACCAACUCAAUUCUCUUGCAAGCUCUAAACAACACUAACAAUGAUGGCUAUUCGUUUUCCAACUUCCUUCGGUGCCAAACACAUCCUUCGCAGAUCUAAUCUGGCAGCUGCAACAUCACUCGAUGUGCCUAAAGGGUACUUUGCUGUGUACGUAGGAGAGGGUGAAAAGAAGAGAUUUGUGAUACCAGUGUCAGUGUUGAAUCAACCCUCGUUUCAAGAACUGUUAAGUAUAGCAGAGGAAGAAUUUGGAUUCAAUCAUCCAAUGGGUGGCCUUACCAUUCCAUGCACACAAGAUAUUUUUGAUAACAUCACCUCUGGCUUACAUAGGCUAUGAAAUGAUGCAGCUAAAGUAGAUCUGAAGAUGGUUUUUGUGGCAUAGUUUUUUUUUUUCCUUUCAACUAUGACAUGAUGCAGAUAAAGUAAAUCUGAAGAUGCUUUUUGUUGCAUAGUUUUUUUUCCUUUCGAAGUGGGGUUAAGAAAAAGUUCCCCUUGCAGAAAGGUUUACUGUGUAAUUGGGUUUUCAGGUUACCUUGUAUCAUAGCAAAUAACUCUAUAAACGGAUGAAAACAUUACUACAUUCCA